CUAUAUUAAGUAUUAACCAAAUGAAGCUUUGAAUACCAUAUAUUUAAACAGAUAAUGUUUAAUGAGGAAUAAGGUGUAUCUUUAUACACAAGAUAUGAAGUUGGAAGCACCAUGUAUGUGGUGACGGGGGACAUUUCUAUAUUGUCACAUUUUUCUUUGCAUGCCCUCGCUUCGAUGUAGUACAUUUGAUUAUCAAAUCAAAAUAACAAAAUAUGAAUUGAAGUAGAGAUACAAAUAUGGAUGAAUAUUGUCAAUGAUGGAAGAUUUGGAUUCAGCAAAUCCCCAAGAGGUGUCAGUGUUUGUUUUUAUUUUUCUUAUUUAAUCUGCUGUUAUACUUCAGAGCCAAUUAUAGAAACCCUUCAGCGUGAGCUACAGAGGAACAUGUAGAAAUUAUUAUAAUAAUAAAAAAUAUUGGCAUUGAUUUGUGUAGAUAACAGAUAUAUCCAGAAAGCAAGUAUCGGCACCAAUUAAUCCUUAAACCGAUAUAUCGAUCAUUUAACACACAACACCUGAUGAAUCGACCCCACAUACACAAAUAAAAAAAGCUGCUUUUGUGCCAAGGAUGAUUGACUUUUACAUUGACAUACAUACCUGUUUUUCUACAGAAAAUGAAUAAUGACCAUAGUUGAAAAGCCUCCAGAAAAUCCUGACCCAGAGUCAGUGCGGUGCAAGCACUCCAGCUCCCUGACACCUUUUUUCACCAGAGACAUGGAGAGUAGUAGUUCAAGCUGGAGUGUUAGCCCUUCUGCCCAUGAGCUUUCAAGGGCCAAGACUGCGUGCAUGGCUCCAGCCAUUGGAGUGACUGUGAACAGUAGUAAUACUAUGGCUCUCGACAGGCCCCGGGAGCAAGUGGUUAUGACCAGUGGGGAUGGCAUCGCUCUUCCUCAAAAGGUCCUCUUUCCCCCAGAGCGACUCUGCUUGAAAUGGAACCAAGGUCACCGCAUUGGUUCAGGUCUCCAGAACCUGGGCAACACAUGUUUUCUAAAUUCUACCCUCCAAUGUCUGACCUACACGGUUCCCCUUGCCAGCUACAUGCUUACUAGAGAGCAUUCCAAAACAUGUCAUGAGCCUGGAUUUUGCAUGAUGUGUACCAUGCAAAAUCACAUCACUCAGGUGUUCGCCAACUCUGGAAACGCCAUCAAGCCCAUUGGUGUGAUUAAUGAACUGAAAC